AGUGAGGGAGAGAGCGCAAAGAGAGGGCUUCUGUAAUAUCCACUCCCUCCCUAUCCCUCCCACCUCUGUCUCCUUCUCUAGUCAAAUCAGUUCAGUUCAUUUCGUUCCAAUUCAAUUCCAUUCUACUCUCUUUCUCUGUCUGUCUCUCUCUUUGAGAUACAUCAAAUUAGGGUUUUUGCCAAUCCAUUUCAUUGUUCUUCUUCGACACAAAUUCAAUGGGUUCCGAAUCAAUUUCCGCCUCUCCCGCCCCUGUUGUUCUCCCCAAAGAACUCAGCAAGAAAAAGAGGACGAACAAGAAACUGAAGCAGAGCAAGCUCGAUGUUAGGCGUGAGCAGUGGCUUUCUCAAGUUAAGAACAAAGGAUGCAAAGUGGAUUCAACUGGGAGGGGUGAGUCUCACCCAUCAGCCAUGCGAACGGCCAAUGUGCAGAGUGGAUCUCUGAACAAUCUGGGAAUAAGGUCAAGAAAAGAGGACAAUGAGGGCUCCGGCAUCCAUAGAAGUGAUUUGGAGUCCCUGUUGAACAGCCCAAUUGGAAGCAGUUUGGAUCACAAUGAUUCAAGGAAGAGUCUAGGUCACAGCAGCAGCAACAGCAGCACGAGCAGUCGAUGUUACUCUGGAAGCACCAGCGAGGUAGAAGAGGAUGAUGGAUGCCUGGACGACUGGGAGGCUGUUGCAGAUGCUUUGAAUGUGAAUGAUAAUCAGCAUGAACCAAUUCCAGAUUCUAUCGACAACCCUGGAACUAGGAUUCAAUCUGAAAAUACUGGAGUAUUUAGCAGUAAUCAUGAAACGAAAUUGUUGAAAGAAGAGGGCAGGAAAGCUGUAUCUGAAACAGGUGGGAAUUGUCGAGCAUGGAGACCUGAUGAUGCUUUCCGUCCGCAGGGUUUGCCCACUCUCUCCAAGCAGCACACUUUUCCAAUGAAUUCAGAGUGGCAUCGUGGCAGUGGAGCCAUCGCAUUGGCAUGGCAAAGCAUCAAGCCCGAGCCUUCUUCAUGUCCCAUCUGCUAUGAGGAUUUAGAUAUCACAGACUCCAGUUUUCUGCCAUGUUCGUGUGGAUUUCGGCUAUGCCUUUUCUGUCACAAAAGGAUUCUUGAGGCAGAUGGGCGAUGCCCAGGCUGCAGGAAGCAGUAUGAUCAUAUAAAUGCUGAUAUGUGCUUCAGUGAAGGGGUCCCUCCUUUCCAAGUUCCUCGUUCUCGCAGCUUGAGUACUAGACCUUAGAAGACUGUUUCUCUUCUCAGAAAGAUCAUGUACAUGCUCUCUCUCUCUCUCUCUCUCUCUCUCUGAGGUCGUAGUCACGUUUCUUUGAUAGGGUUUUGAAACAUCCCAAGUAGUGAACUGGACUUUUAUGGAGUGAGUGAUUUUUACGUGUAUUCUGUUUUGUGUAUGUUGAUGUAGAAAAUAUAUGAGGUUAAUGCGAAUACAUUGAUGGGGGGUUGGUACAGAGACAUCGAAAAUAUAACAAUCAAGUAUGAUUAAUACUUUUGCUUCA